UAAAUCGGCACAAUGGUCAAACUCGAAGAAGUCGUUGACGAAGAAUUCCUCCGCGAACAAGACGGACCUCAGGAUGACGACGAUUGGGACACAGACAGCGACUCCGAUGCCUCCUCUGUCGCAUCCGUGACCCCCGAUGAGACACUUUACGAGCGCAUCACAGCGCUGCAAGAUAUCAUACCCGCCUCGACUCGACGCUCGAUCAACUCAAAAUUCAGCACGGCUUCGUCGUGGGUCAAGAGUGGCCUGUCGCUGGGUGGCAAGACCUUGUGGGUGGUGAGCACGAGCGCACUUUUGCUGGGUGUGCCAUGGGCGUUGGCAUACAGUGAAGAGCAGAUGCUCGUCGAGCAGGAGCGAGAGAUGCAAAUGGCACAGCGUUCGAACGAAUUCCUCACACCUGGUGCGCAGCCACAGAUUCCUCAAGGAGCCCAAGCAUCGCUAUAAAUGCGGCUCAUCGAUGGACAAACAGGCUUCUCCAGUGAGCGCCCGAAUGCUCGAUUCAUGUACACUUGUUUUACUAUAGAGGAUGGAAUGGGGAGACGGAUGGGGCACGCAACGGCUGCAUCCACGUGGAGAGGGAGCAACCCAAUCGUGCCCAAUGAAAUGUACUUUUAGGUUUCCCAACUCUUCUAAUAGCGUCCAUUGCAAAAGGAAUAUCCGGCAGUGGCAAUGCU